AUGUCGGCAAGGCCAACAACACCAAUGUCGCCCAAGACCGCCAAGGUCAAGUCACCAGUUGCUGGCACACCUGUUUUUGGCUGCGAGCAUGUCCAGAGGCUGUUGUCACAGUCCCAGGACAUUAUGAACUCCUCAGUCUUCCACUAUAAGAUGAUUUUGAAGAACAUCUUUGAGGGUACACCAAUUGUCCCCCAGACCUCUAAGAACUCUGAUGGACUUGUUGUGACUUCCCUCACAUCCAACUAUCUCUGUCUUCAAUGCUCAACCAUUGUAAAUGAGGACGACCGCCUGAAGCAUGGCACAAAGAAACAGCACCGCUUCUACGUGGACUCUCGGAGUGGUGCCCUUUACUGCCAGAUCUGUGACGAUUUGGUGUGGGAUCCUACACUCGAGGAGUUGCGUGUACGAAAGAUGGGCAAUGGAACCUUCUCAAACCGCAAGAGGAAGCAUGACGAGAUGUUCUCAGACAGCAUUAAGGACAACCCUCUGUACAUUUCUACCAACACAGCCCCGGCGUCUUGCAAAGCCAACGGCUUGCGCGGGAUCUACAACGCUGGAGCAACCUGUUACCAGAAUGUCGUGUUGCAGAGCCUCCUGCAUAACCCCUUGCUGCGCAACUUCUAUCUCAGCGAUGGUCACCAGAGCAACGACUGCAAUGUGUCAAAUUGCCUGAGCUGCGCCAUGGAUGACAUGUUCCAGGAUUUCUACGCUGUUGAGAAUACUAAUGGAUUCACGGCGGCUAGCAUUCUCUCGGGAUUCUGGAUUUCGGAAAAGAAGGCCUUUGAGAAUCUUGUCACCACCAAAGAGCAAGAUGCGCACGAGUUUUUCCAGUUCCUUGCAGAGGAGCUCCACGAGCGUAACGGGGAUGGUAAGAAGCCGGAGACGGGUAGCGAGCACACGUGCAACUGCAUCAUCCACCAAACGUUUUACGGCAAGCUCCAGAGUUCAACAACGUGUCAAAAUUGCGGCGGGGUCACAAACGCCGUGCAAUCAUUCCUCGACCUCAGUCUCGGCUUGGAGAACCUGGGCCAGAAGAGGAAAAAGGGAGGGCAGAAGGCACCGAGCCUGACUCUCCAAGAGUGCCUGGACGAAGAAUAUGUCAAAUAUGACAAGUGCGAGUAUCGCUGCCACAACUGCAACGGAAUGCAGCAAGCACGAAGAAAUACCAGUAUCAAGCGUCUGCCUAACGUGCUUGCUAUACAGUUAAAGCGCUUCGAAUACAAGCAGGGGCGCCAUGACAGGGCGCCGUCAAAGAUCGAUACCGUAGUCAACUUCCCACUGCAACUUAACAUGUUGCCGUACACGAGCAGAGGCCGGGGAACAGAAGUGAAGGACUCCUUUGAGCUCGGCAGAUCUUGCACCUACGAUCUCCUCAGCGUUGUCGUCCACGUCGGCGAGAUCGAUACCGGUCACUACGUGUCCUACUGCCGGGUAGGCGACCAGUGGUUCAAGUUCAAUGAUCACAAGGUCGAGAUGGCAUCCAAGUCAGAUGUCCUCAGCGCCCAACCUUACCUCCUCUUCUACAUAAUCCGCUCCCUCUCCUAA